AUGCCCGCGCACAUCGACGGCGACGUCCCGACGCCGGGCUUCGCCACCAUCGCGUCCGCGCUCGAGGACGUCGCCGCGGGUAAGUUCGUCGUCGUCCUCGACGACGAGGACCGCGAAAACGAGGGCGACCUCAUCGGCGCCGCCGACGCCAUGACCGCGGAGUCGAUCGCCUUCAUGAUCAAGCACACCUCCGGGCUGCUCUGCGUCGCGGUGGACGACGAGACAGCGGACCGACUGAACCUCCCGCUCAUGGUCACGUCCAAAGAGAACGAAGACGCGAUGAAGACGGCGUUCACGGUGUCGUGCGAUCUCGCCGCGUCGACGACGGGCAUCUCCGCGGGGGAGCGCGCGGCGACGAUCGCGAAGCUCGGCGACGCGAAGGCGCACAAGGACGAGUUCGUGCGCCCGGGGCACGUCUUCCCGCUGCGGUACCGCGAGGGAGGCGUGCUGAAGAGGACGGGGCACACCGAGGCGGCGUACGACCUCGCGAAGCUCUCGGGCCGCGGCGCCGCGGGGGUGUUGUGCGAGAUCACGAACGACGACGCGGAGGGCACGAUGGCGCGCCUGCCGCAACUCCGCGAGUUUUCGAAGAAGCACGACCUGAAGAUGAUCUUGAUAAGCGACCUCGUGAGGUACCGACGCAAGCGCGAGGUUUUGGUGCGGCGAACCGCGAGCGCGCGCGUGCCCACGGAGCACGGCGCGUUCACCGCGGUUUCGUACAAGAGCGAGACGGACGGCAUCGAGCACGUCGCGUUCGUGUACGGCAACCUGGACGACGAGGGGAAGGAGAACGGAGGGUCGCUCGCGGACGGGGACAACGUCCUCGUGCGCGUGCACAGCGAGUGCCUCACCGGGGAUAUCUUCGGGAGUUCGCGGUGCGACUGCGGGAACCAGUUGGACAUGGCGAUGCAACGCGUCGCGAGCGAGGGGAAAGGGGUGAUCGUGUACCUCCGCGGGCAGGAAGGCCGCGGGAUCGGCUUGGGGCACAAGCUUCGCGCGUAUAACUUGCAGGACGAAGGGAGGGACACGGUGCAGGCGAACGAGGACUUGGGGUUGCCCGUGGACUCGCGCGAGUACGGCGUCGGCGCGGCCAUCUUGCGCGACUUGGGGGUGAAGACGAUUCGUCUCAUGACGAAUAAUCCGGCCAAGUACCACGGGUUGAAAGGGUUCGGACUGACGAUCGUCGGACGGUCGCCGCUGUUCGCGCCGAUCACGCUGGAGAACAAGCGCUACAUCGAGACGAAACGAGCGAAGAUGGGGCACAUGUUCGGCGACGAGAGCGGCGCGUUCGAGGAAGCCGUCGAGGCGGCGGAGGAGGUCAACGUCGAGGUCGCGUGA